UCGGCCGCAGGGGUUGCCGGGACGGCCCCCAUCUUCUUUGAGCGCGCUAGGCCAGCGGGUGUCGCUGGGAAUUGGAGACGUUGCCGUGGCUGUUAGUGAGCCUGUGGAACGCCUCUGCGGGACCUGGCCCUAAAGUGCUAAUAGCAGAGAUGUGAAACAAGAAAAACUGGCUAUAAAGUUAACCAAGAUAGCCACAAUGGCUGAAAAUGGUGAUAAUGAAAAAAUGGCUGCUCUGGAGGCCAAAAUCUGUCAUCAGAUUGAGUAUUAUUUUGGAGACUUCAAUUUGCCACGGGACAAGUUUUUAAAGGAACAGAUAAAGCUGGAUGAAGGCUGGGUACCUUUGGAGAUAAUGAUAAAAUUCAACAGGUUAAACCGUCUAACGACAGACUUUAAUGUAAUAGUGGAAGCAUUGAGCAAAUCCAAGGCAGAACUCAUGGAAAUCAGUGAAGAUAAAACUAAAAUCAGGAGGUCUCCAAGCAAACCCCUCCCUGAAGUGACUGAUGAGUAUAAAAAUGAUGUUAAAAACAGAUCUGUUUAUAUUAAAGGCUUCCCAACUGAUGCAACCCUUGAUGAUAUAAAGGAAUGGUUAGAAGGUAAAGGUGAAAUACUAAAUAUUCAGAUGAGAAGAACAUUGCAGAAAGCAUUUAAGGGAUCAAUAUUUGCUGUGUUUGAAAACAUUGCAUCUGCAAAGAAGUUUGUAGAGACUCCUGGUCAGAAGUACAAAGGCACAGAGAUGUUAAUACUUUUCAAGGAAGAUUACUUUGCAAAAAAAAAUGCAGAAAGAAGACAGCAUAAAGUAGAAGCAAAAUUAAGAGCUAAACGAGAGCAAGAAGAAAAACAGAAGUUAGCAGAAGAUGCUGAAAUGAAAUCUCUAGAAGAAAAGAUUGGAUGCUUGCUGAAAUUUUCGGGUGACUUAGAUGAUCAGACCUGUAGAGAAGAUUUGCACAUCCUUUUCUCAAAUCAUGGUGAAAUAAAAUGGAUAGAUUUUAUCAGAGGAGCAAAAGAGGGCAUAAUUCUGUUUAAAGAAAAAGCCAAGAAAACCCUAGAAAAAGCCAAAGAUGCAAAUAAUGGUAACCUACAAUUAAGGAACAAAGCAGUCACUUGGGAAGUACUAGAAGGAGAGGAAGAAAAAGCAGCAUUGAAAAAAAUCAUAGAAGAUCAGCAAGAAUCCCUAAACAAAUGGAAGUCAAAAGGUCGCAAAUUUAAAGGAAAAGGAAAUAAAGCUGCUCAGCCUGCGUCUGCUAAAGCAAAAGUACAGUUUCAGGGCAAGAAAACCAAAUUCGAUAGUGAUGAUGACUUUGAUGAAUAUGAACCAUCAACUCGACCAGUGAAAAGAGCAAGAGAAGAAACAGCCACGAAAGAACCUGCAUCAAAACAACAGAAAACAUAAAAUGGAGUGGAGACCAGUAGUUUAGUGAACAAAUUUUUUAUUCAUUUUAAUUAGGUUUAAGCUGCCUUUUGUCUUUGAAGCCUUUUAAAAAGAAAACCGAAUUAGGUCCACUUCAAUGUCCACCUGUAAGAACAAAAUUUUUUUGUUGUUUAACUUGUCUUUUUGUUUUGUUUUGUUACCCCUCAUGAGAAUUUUUUUAAAAUGUAUAGUUCUGUUUGUGUUAUUCAGAUGAUUCAAAUAUCAACAGGAAGACUCUUCUGCUAAAUUGCUUUUGUAAUAUGAGAAUGUAUUAGUACAAACUAAUAAAAUGUACACUAUAUAAAAGAACAAAAA